AUGACGGAGACUCGAUCGUUUCUUCCUCCGCGGCCCCCCGAUGGCUCAAAGCUGGAGAUGGACAUUCUGGACUCAACUUUCUUCAAGACUCCCGGCCAGCGGCUGCCGACGCCAGCACAAGUCCGGGCCCUGUCAACAGAUAUAGGCACGAUGCCUAAACCAAAACCUAUCAUCUUCAGAAACCCAGACAUCUUCGUCAAGCUUGGUCACUACGUUACUGUUGAAGAAGCUCAGUGCCUUUGGAUGGUUCAGCGGGCCUUUCAAGGCACUGUGCCGGUUCCUGAACUUUUCGGAUGGCGUGUAGACGACAAGGGCUACGUAUUCAUUUAUAUGCAGCUCAUCGAAGGUCAGACGUUACUUGAUGGAUGGGAUAAUAUUCAAAGCGCAGACAAAGAAGUGAUGUGCAAUCAGUUAUACGAAAUCACAACGUCUCUACGUCAACUUAGCCAAGGUUCCGACAAGUACAUUGGAUCUAUCAACCGCCAAAAAGCUCCCGAUUAUGUCUUCCAACAUCUGAAAGAAGCCGGGCCAUUCCCAAACAUAAAGGAAUUCAACGAUUGGUUCUCUACCUUGCCCCAGUCGCGGCUUCCGGCGUCCAUGAAAUUUAAAGAUCCCUAUAGAGACCUCUUGCCUGAUGACGGAGAGAUUAAAUUCACACACGCCGACCUUCAUCGAGCUAACAUCAUGAUAUCCUCGACCGCGCCCUUUCGAGUCAUUGCAAUCGUCGACUGGGGUCUGUCAGGCUGGUAUCCAGAUUUUUGGGAGUACUGCAAAGCUCUCUACACCUGCUGGUACGAGAGUGAAUGGCGUCAGGAUUGGAUUGACAAGUUUCUACAUCCACGAACGCAGGAGUUUCUAGUCUUCUCGGAAUACUGCAUGGCGAUCGGUGCUGUCUAA